UAUUCGCCUACCUAUUAAAUCCGAUUCCCUCGCAAGAACGUUUCUAUUCCAUGCUCUGUGUGUUCACACACACACACACACUCUUUCUCUCUCUCACACUCUCUUUCUCACUUUCACUCUUUUCCAUAUUUAGAAUUCUCAGUCCCCAGAUUUUCCCUAAUUUCCAUUUCCAUGCCCAGUUUUUCAUUUUUUUUUCGCUUCCCGAUCGGUGUGCUUCUCUCCCAAUUCGGUAAAUUAUUUUCAGUUUGCUCCCCUUCCAUUUUUGGAACAUCUUCAAUCCACAGGGUUUUGGUUCGGUUUGUGAGAUGAAGAUCGAGGAAUUGGAUGAUGUGGAGAUUGAUCAGAACGAUAGCGUAUAUGGGAAGCAGAUUGUUAGGGUCAAUGCGAAGAGAGCUCUGGUAGGAGCAGGUGCUCGGAUCCUUUUCUACCCGACGCUUUUGUAUAAUGUGCUUCGGAACAAGAUGGAAGCCGAGUUCAGAUGGUGGGAUGAAGUUGACCAGUUUCUUCUUCUGGGUGCAGUCCCAUUCCCUAAGGAUGUUCCGCGGUUGAAGCUGCUGGGUGUUGGUGGUGUUAUCACACUCAAUGAACCUUACGAAACUUUGGUUCCAACAUCCCUGUAUUAUGCACAUGGGAUUGACCACCUGGUAAUUCCCACAAGAGAUUAUCUCUUUGCUCCCUCAUUUGUGGAUAUUAGCCGAGCUGUGGAGUUUAUUCACAGAAAUGCAUCUUGUGGUAGAACUACUUAUGUCCACUGCAAAGCUGGUCGGGGAAGGAGUACUACCAUUGUGCUUUGCUAUUUGGUGGAAUACAAGAACAUGACUCCAGCUGCUGCCCUGGAUUAUGUCCGUUCUAGAAGGCCUCGUGUUCUGCUAGCUCCUUCUCAAUGGAAGGCUGUUCAAGAAUUCAGCGAACGUAGACCUUCUACUGCUCCAUGCUCACCCUCAGGAGAUGCUGUCUUUAUUACAAAAGAUGAUCUUGAAGGUUAUCAUGGCACCAGUGAUGAUGCUGGUAAGCAACUUGCAGUUGUCCCAAAAGUUUUGAAGGCGAGUCCAAUGAUAGCAAGAUUGUCCUGCCUUUUCGCUUCCUUGAAAGUUUCUGGUGGUUGUGUACCAGUAGUAAGGCGGUUGCCUGUACCUGAGCCACGUGCUUGCUGAGCCAUCCCAUGCCUGCAAGAAUUGCAUGAAUUGGUUGCUUGUACAGAAAAGCACUAUGGAAAUAAGUAACAUAUGUAAAGUUUCAAUGUUUCGGUAGCUUGUGUUUAUGAGAGAGAGAAAGGUAAAUGAAGGGGAAGAAAAAUAUGGCUAGUUUUUCAAGGUUGUGCAUAUCAGUGUAUUUAUGGUCAUGGAAGGUGUUCUAGUUAUGCUUGUAUAUAUACAUCAAUUUUCCUAAUUUGUUAUCAUUUCGCUUUAAA